GAGACAGCCGAGCAGUGAAGCGAGGCCGUCUAAAGGAGAGCCGCGCUGUCGAUGAGACCCAGAGGUCCACCUAGAGCGGAAGUGGAGGAGCGGCCGGAAGUAGCCGGAAUCUCAGAAAGACUGACCGACGGAUUCUGACAGGAGCCGGGUCUGAGGGAAGGAGGCGGCGGCCAUGGAGUUGGGCGAGCUGCUUUACAACAAGUCCGAGUACAUCGAGACGGCAUCUGGGAACAAAGUCAGUCGCCAGUCGGUGUUAUGUGGAAGCCAGAACAUCGUUCUCAAUGGCAAGACCAUUGUGAUGAAUGACUGUAUUAUCCGAGGGGAUCUGGCAAAUGUAAGAGUUGGGCGCCAUUGUGUUGUGAAAAGUCGUAGUGUCAUAAGGCCACCAUUCAAGAAAUUCAGCAAAGGUGUUGCAUUCUUUCCUUUACAUAUUGGGGACCAUGUCUUUAUUGAGGAAGAUUGUGUGGUCAAUGCAGCUCAGAUUGGUUCCUACGUUCAUGUUGGCAAGAACUGUGUGAUUGGACGCCGAUGUGUGUUGAAAGACUGCUGCAAAAUUCUUGACAACACAGUAUUACCUCCAGAAACUGUGGUCCCACCAUUCACUGUCUUCUCAGGCUGCCCAGGACUCUUCUCAGGGGAGCUCCCGGAGUGUACUCAGGAGCUGAUGAUUGACGUCACCAAGAGCUACUACCAGAAGUUUUUGCCCCUGACACAAGUCUAGCAUCUCUGCCUCAUAUCUUGAAUUUGCUUGAGCUCUAAAAUGAAUUCGGGGACAAAGUGAGCCAGUCAACACCUAGGAAGAGCUCUUAUGUCUUCAACAUCUACUCCUCCUUCUUUUAAAAAAUGUCUUGAGAAUUUCUCAAUCCUCAAGGCUCUAAGCUCUUAAGAAUUUACUAAUAGACCAUCUGCAGGAGUUAUCUUCACAUGCUAUGCUUACACCUUAUCUAUGAACAGUCACUUUGUACCAUUAUCUGAGGAACACAGAAUCAUCUGUUCCCAACACUCCAGCCCCUUGGUCCUGUGAAUGGCUGGAUCCCGCCUGAAAUGGACCUGCAGAGCAGCAGCACCCUUAUGGUGUGGAGGUCAUAUAGCUCAUGUGCUGCUCACAGCCAUACGCUGCCCAUGCUGAGUGCCUCUCACACAGGUAAUGCCCAGCUUUUCUUCUGCUAACAAUUGGCCAGUUGUUGCAAUUGCUCAUAAUCCUGGGAAAAGGUGUUUGUGACUUUUCAGAGCCCAGAUUCCUGUUGGCUAUUAAAACUUGAAGGGAGGGGUGAUUAGUGUUUCUCUCUCUUCUUCCCAAAAUGACCUUAGCUGUCCUAGGGUAGUUAGUAAAAGACUUUUUAGCAUUUUGACCUAGGGCCUUUGGCUUUCACUAAAAGUGGGGACCUCAGCAUCCCAGACUGUACUUUUGCCAGGUGUUAGAUAUAAGUCUCUCAUGUGGAUACAUUAGUCAGGUGGUUACUUCUUGCCACAAGGUACUUAUUUCACUGAAGACACUGCAUUUGCGAACUCUUGCUCCCUGGCCUAGAACCAUUCAGCCUACCCUGUAUUUGUCAAAACUCUAUAAUUUACACGAAAAUGUCUGUACUUAGAGCCCAUUCGCAUAUAAAGAUGAAGGGCUCUUAAAAUCAGUUUGUGGGCACAGAGCCCUGGGAGUAAAUGAAGUUGCUAGGGUUGUUCUUACUAUCUCCUUCUGGCCAGUAGCACACCCUUCCUGGUACUGCUCUGACCUCGUAGCUUAGAAGGAAGAUUUAGAGGUAAGGGCCUGAGAAGGUUGGCUUUAGUUAAUACUCUGAUCUGUAAGUGAGUAGGGCAGAACAGUUCAGCCUUGUAGGUUAGAAUUUAGCAGGAGCUAUCCUGACUUAAUAUCCAGUUGUGGGGUUUGUGAAACAAAACAGCUGUAUAUAAUCAUUUCCACUAGUUCCAUCUAGAACUCCUUUCUAGUUUGUCAUUUUUUUUUAUAACUUUCUAGUUUGUCAUUUUUUAAAAUAAAUACAUAACUCAGAGAAGAUGGAAGUUUAUUUCUCUCUCCCCUAACAGUGCAGAGAUAGUCAGCCGGUCCAGGCCAGGCAAGUGGCUGGUCCAUGAUAUCAUCAGGCACCCAGGUUCCUACUGUCUUGGCAUGUGUCCACAGUUAACAACAAGGUAGGCUGUAAAUAUGGUUUCUACUUGGGCAGCCAAAACUCUGAAAGGAGAUUGUGCUAGUAAGGGAGUGGGGGAAGAAUGGCCAUUGGGAGACAAUAAGCAGACACAACCAGGCCUCUGUGUUGGCUUCCUUUCCUCCUGUUGCACAUGAGCCUUCUCUGUGUAUUUGGGGCCAUGACAGCUGACAGCUCCAGACCUGUAUCCUUCCAUCUUGGGGGCCCUGAAUGAAAAGUUUCUUCUUUUCCAGUUCUAAUUUGGAAACUCACAAAGUUCUCAGUGGUUUGUUAGUCCUGUGUCCUCUUGGAGCAGUCUCUGUGGCCAUGCAUGUUUGGCCACAUGAUUAAUCCAGUCUGGGUCAUGACCUUUUCUCCAUCCAAAAUAUGGUGCUGGAAAGACAAAAACAAUAGCUACUACAAACAAUAGGAGUUUAUAAUUAUGUUGCUGAUGUAUUCGAAGAUGUGUUGACAGUUGUGAGUGUGUAUCCUAGGAAAGGCCAGCUGGAGUCUGUCUCCAUGGUGGUUCUCACCCCAGGGACCUAGGAACAGUCUGUCACCACACAAUCACUUUUGUAAGCCUAGAGAAGAAAAUCUUGUCCUCAGAAUGCUUGCAGAAGAACAACCAGAGGGGAAGGACCUUGACUGGGACUCUUUCGAGUUUACUUGGGGCAGAGGGAAUUUAAUGGCUCAUGUAGCUGGAAAGGUUGAGCUAGAUUGAGCUUCAGGCUGCAUCCCAGGACUCCAAACAGGGAUCUGUCUCUUUGGCUCUCAGCUCUGCUUUCAUUUGAGUCGGCUUUAUUCUCGGGCUUUACGGUGUGGCCCCACAGCACCAGUUAUUGAUAAAAAGAGCUCCCCUUUGCUGACAACUGCUGGAUUUGGUUUUCAUUGGCCCAGGUGAGAAAGGUAUCCAGCCUUAAGGCAUCAUUGUGGCCAGGAAGAUGGAAUACGCCAAGUGGACAGGCCUGGCAUGUACCCACAGAGACUGAGAGUUGCUGCUGGUGGUUGUGGUGGCGGAUAUUACCUGAAGAAGGGAUGAAUGGGUGCUGGGCAGGAAAAAGCAUUAGCUGUCUAGUUCAGGCCUCUCCUCUUUUUCUGGUAUCUUCACUUUCCUCCCUCUCCCUGCUGUCCCUUACCCUCUGGCUAGUCUCUCAUUACUCCUGGUCUUGGGAGGUACCUUCUGAGGAUACUCUGUGGGGUUGCCUGAGCCUGGAUUACAGGCAGAGGGAGGAUGUUGCCUAGCCAAAGUGGGUGUUCAAUAAAGAACCAUUUGGAGUUGGUCUUCUGUCUGGAACUGCUUCCUUUUUAUUUUUUCCCCUGAUGAGCUGACUGGGCCAUGGAACUGCUUCCUUAUGGUCCCCCAUAGCACCUUACAGAGGGGCCCUUGUCAAUAGAGUUUUAGUUAUGCACCUAUGUUCUUGUCUGAGCCCUCACAAGCUGUGAGCUCCUGAGGAGUCAGGCUUGAGUCUGUGGGUCAUCUAACACAUCCUUAAUAGAGUGACUGAAUGUGACCACCCCCACCUCCCACCCUCACACACCCCGCCAGCAUGCCUCAGACCCUACUCCAGCUUCAGAUAAGUCUCAUGUUACAGGAUCCCUGGUGCAGGGAACAAAGGUAAAUGAUUGUCUUGUGAGCCUCCCAUUGACUGAUUCUGUUUUACAUGGCUGCACAGAGCCCUUAUGGUUGUUUGGGGUUGGUGGUGGCUUCUGUAUUAGUCGCUUCUGAAUGAAUCAGUUCCCUCGGGAUCUGAGGCCACAGUUCCUUUCUUAGUCACUGACCCAUGUGAGUGCUGGCAGACUUGAAAUUAAUCAGACAGACAUUGUUCCUAGUUAACAUGUCCUUGGAAGUUUCUCAGCUAUGAAGAAGAGGUCUUGGUGGCUAGGGAGUCCUUUCUCUGUAUCCUGUUCUGUCCAGUGAGAGCCCAGAGGGUGCUUCCCAGCCACUUUCUGUCUGGCCUCAGCUAUUCUCCUGAAAAACAUUGGCAUCUGACAACCUAGAUGGUUACUGUAGGUAGUCAAAUUCAGCUGGCUGCUCUCCUGGGGGUUAGCUUCUGUGGAGCUGUAGGGUCCCUGAAAUGAUACUGCCAGUGUUGGGACAGCGUAUCCAAAGGCCUGGUGUUUUCAGAACUGGUCUCAGCAAAAUGUCGUGCCAAAUUCUAUAGUUCCCAUAAGAACAUGAUAACUGAAACACUUCUAGAGGCCCCCAGCAAUGGGGUUGUGCUUUUUGUAGAAUAUAUGUUUGCUGCCAUUUAGGGGUAAGAAGGUGGGCCCCCCACCAUAUGCUGCACAGAGAAAAGAGCACCAUCACUCACUCAUUUAACAGAUGCUUUCUGAGCCACUACUGAGCACUAAGCACUUCCUAGGUCCUGGGGAUUCAGUGGACAUUAAGAUGGGAGCCAGUUCUUGUCCCUAGUUAUCUCACUGCUUAGUGAGGGAGAAAGCCAAGGAAUCAAACAAAAUACAGAGUUCUUAGAAGAGGGUCAGAGGGGCCCAUUUUGAGAGCCAUCAGUGGUGAGGAGUGAGUGCUAGUUAGGCUGAUCAGAUCCCAGCCUGCUAUUGCCUAGCCUUGUGACUUUGAGCAAGUUAUCUUCAUGGAACCUCAGGUUUCUCAUACAUAAAACGGGGAGGUUGGAUAAGGUUAUUAUGAGGAUUGAAAUGCAUUAAUACAUGUAAAACAUAAGUACUGGCUCAAGGUCAGCACUCAAUAAAUGGUAGUUAUACUUACUUUUAUUAGGAAGUGAUGCACCUUGAGCAAAACCCCUUGAGAGUAUAAGGCAUAGCAUUCUUACAUGUUUUAAAAAUUUUAAAUAAAAACAUCUUGGCCUUUAUAAUCAGUCCACCACAAAGAAGAGAUGGAGAAAUCACCCUUCCUUGUUUUGUAUCUAUGAGGUACAAACAUUUAAUCCUCCCAGCUGUCAAAAAAGGGAUUUUCACAGCCUGUAUUACAGCGGAGGAAACUGCUGUUCAGGGAGGUUAAGUAAAUUUGCCCCAUAGUCACACAUCUAAUAAAUGGAUGAGCUAUAAUCAAGACAAGCUCUUACUUGGCUGCAAAGUCCAUGUUUUAUGCAGCUCCUCCUAUAUCUUGGCCUCCAAGGCAGCUGGCUCUGAACACAAUCCCUUGCUCUCCUGAAGUUUUUGCUGGCGAGCUGGCCCCACCUGCUUUCCAUGUGUACUCUGACUUGGACCCUGAAGUGAGAAGAACUGACACAGGACAUCUUGCUUUCCUGAAAACAGUACCUGGACUUUUCUGUAUCUUCAUAUCCACUGGGCAUUGGGCCAAUGGGUCAUGCAGAUGAAAAUCAUCCAAGAAAAGAGACACAGGAGUGAAAUUCACACCCUUUCUGGCUUUCAGACCAUGGGUCUGAACAUUAGCCCGUGGUGUUUCUUGGCUGUACCGACCUGUGCCUUUUCAGCUGCAUUCAUCUCAAUUGGUGGUGUCUGCUGGCUGCUCUUUCUGAUUUCCCACAGGAGCGGUAAGAGCCUAAGGAAGAGUAGGGUCAGAGGAGUCAAGGAGAAUGAGGAAAUAGAGAGCCCCAGGCAUUGGAAAGGCCUGUCAGAGACCCUAAGCUUCUGAGAACUGGUGCAGGUUCUUCUUAUUUCAAUAACAACAACCACAACUGUCAAAACCAUAUGCCUGUACUAUUUGGAGUGCUGUCCUUGCAGAAUCUCUUUACAAGAACCUUAGGAAAUAGGCACGUCAUCUCCUGAAUAGAAUCCUAGGAAAUGGGCACUGUAGUGGGCACUUUAUCCCCAUUUUAUAGACAUGGAAAUUGAGGUACAGAGAGGUUAAGUACUUUCCCAAGGUCAUACAGCUAGUGAGGGAGGAGUUCUUUAGUCUGUGAGUUUAACUGAUAGAUCAUACUUCAUUUUGUUAUGGAGUAAGCAAGCAAGUGAACAAAUGAGUCUGGGAUUUAGGGCUUGCCAGACAACGCCCAAGACUUGGGUUGGAAUUCUAGUUUUGCCACCUGUUAGCUAUAAACCUUGGGUAAGUAACCCAAGGUAAACGAGAUCAUCUUUGUAAAACUCCUAGCCCUGUGCCUUGCACAUAGUAAAUGCUCAACAAGGGUUCACUUGUUAGUAUUAUUGUUACUGAUAACAUACAAAUAUAUUGUAUUCACGGGCUGUAAUUGCAACUGUAUAAAACAGAUUCCAUGUUGACAAGGACUACAAGGGAAUAUGAGAACAUGGAAACAGCUAUGAAAGGAGAUAAGAGAAUUAGGUGCAUUUUCUUCAAUAUAUCAUUUUUUUAACUUUCUUUUGUUUAUUUUUUAUUUUAUAUAUAUCAGUUUUUCACACAGCUAAUUUUUAAGUAGACAGUUUCAUUUGUUUAUUUUUUAAAUAGAGACCGGGUUUACCAUGUUGCCGAGACUAGUCUUGAACUCCUGGGCUCAAGCCAUCUUGGCCUCCCAAAGUGCUGGGAUUACAAGCAUAAGUCAUUGUGCUCUGCUGUUUUUUAGUAAACAUUUCUAAUCAAACAAGUAAAACAUACAUGCAGUGGGUGCUCAGCAGGCCUUGAGUGUAUGAAUGAAAACUAUUCUGUUUUUAUUGGUUGAUUUAAUUGCUUAAAAACCAUACCUUAGCUGGGCACAGUGGCAUGCGUCUGUAGUCGCAGCUACUCAUCUCUUAAAAAAAAAAAGUUUUAUGCUUGUUAAUUUCAUAAAUGCUAGAGGGAUCACCCCAAUCAAAUAAAGCUACUCAAAAAUAAAAUAUGAAAGGUGUUAGUGGGGUACAGCUUACUAGUUUUUUGCCACUAGUGGAUAGGUUGGAAUUUAAUUUCUUCAGAAACUGGAACCAGAACAAUUAUGUAACUGAUGAUUUUUGCUGUGAUUGGUGCCUACUGGAGCCUCUGGAAAGAGGAAGACAACAUGGAAAGAGAAGCAAUCUCUGUUUGGAAUAUGAAAAUAUAGUUAAAUUGCUAAUGAGCCCUUGCCAAAAUCAAAUCUCUACCCUUAGAAGCUGAUGGUUGUCUAAUAAGUGUUUUUUGAGUGGGUCAGUUGGACUCUAAGACCAAGAACAUAAAAAGGCAGCCUUGCAUGUCACUUGGACUUGGAUCACAGCUGUCUGGCCACACAGCAUGCCUUCACUGCUGCUGAAGAAAAGCAGCUGGCUUGUUGGAAUCUCAAAUUCACAGAUCCUAAUUGCCUGUCCUGACUCUAAACUGAAACCUGCUACUGUCUGCCAUGAGCUGUUUCAGCCUCAACCAACAUAAGCUAUGCUCAGUUGAAAGCAGACACAGGCUUAAUGGCCAGGACUCAGACGUUGGGGCCGUUGGAGAUUAAGGACCCCCUCUGUGAUACACUAAACUAGGAAACCGUCCUGGAACGUGACUGAAAAGGGCUUAUUCUUUAAUGGGACCAUCUAAGAUCAAGCUGCUGAUAGGCUGUUUGUCUCUAAUACAGGCUAAUUGCAUUCCUAACUUCUGAUCUUUGCCAAAAGCUGCAAGCUGGAGAAGGGCAUAUCACAAGGACUGUAACCUCUCCUGCUUUUGACAGACCAGACUCAAACCUUCUCUGGGGCUUCUCUCAUUGCUGUUCACUUGUUGCAUUCAGCUUUUGGGAUUAGUUGCAAUUGCAGCAGUGGACGGACAGCCUGACUCUACUUCCCUCACUUUUCUCCCAGCACACACAGCUUAGUAAAGUAGGUGGAUUAUUAAAAUGUAGCUGUCCCCAGAAAGGUAUUAGACUUUUCUAGGCUGCUCAUUGAAUAAUCAGGACAAAAGGGGUAGAUUAUGUAAACACAUUUUGAAAUUUUUAAAAAUUCAGGGUUUCAUCCUUUAUUAGUUUGCUAAGGAUACCAUAAAGUACCAUAAACUGAAUGGCUUACACAAUAGAAACUUAUUUUCCUAUAGUUCUGGAGGCUAAAAAGUCCAAGACAAGGUGUCGACAGGUUUGGUUUCUUCCGAGACGUCUCUGCUUGACUUGCAGAUGGCUGUCUUCUUACUGCGUCCUCACAUGGUCCCUCUGUGUAUCUGUGUCCUAAUCUCUUCUUUCAAUAAGGAUACCAGUCACAUUGGAUUAGAACCCAUCGUAACAAUCCCAUUUUACCUUAGUUACUUCUUUAGGGCCUAUCUUCAAAUGUACUCACAUUCUGAGGUACAGGUGGUUAGGACUUAGCAUGAAUUUUUGUAAGGACAUAGUUCAACCCUCAACAUCUUAUUACUAAUUUCUGAAUGUGUCUUUCUAGUUAAGUUGCAUAAAAACAUUUAUCUACUUGAACUCUAGGAUGAUGGUAAAAAAAAAAAAAAAAAAGUUGGCCAGGCGCAAGUGAUGGACACAUAUGAUCCCAGCACUUUGGGAGGCCGAGGUGGUCGGAUUGCUUGAGCUCAGGAAUUCAAGACCAGCUUGGGCAACAUGGCGAAAUCCUGUGUCUACAAAAAGUACAAAAAUUAGCUGGGUGUGAUGGCAUGUACCUGUAGUCCCAGCUACUUAGGAGGCUGAGGUAGGAGGAUGGCUUGAGCCCAGGAGGUGGAGGUUGCAGUGAGCCAAAAUCGUGCCACUACACUCUAACCUGGGCAACAGAGCCAGACCUGGUCUCAAAAAAAAAAAAAAAAUGUUUAUCUACAGAAAUGCUUUUGUGCCUCUUACAUACAACCCUUUCAGAGGAAAGGCCUGGCUGAGAUUAAGAGAUGGUUGAAAAAACGUUACGUUAUGGCUGAGUUCAGCGGCUCAUGCCUAUAAUCCUAGCACUUUGGGAGGUUGAAGUGGGCGGAUCACGAGGUCAGGAGUUUGAGACCAGCCUGGCCAAUAUGGUGAAACCCCCUCUCUACUAAAAAUACAAAAAUUACCCGGGUGUGGUGGUGUGCACCUGUAAUCUCAGCUACUCAGGAGGCUGAGGCAGAAUUGCUUGAACCUGGGAAGUAGAGGUUGCAGUGAGCCAAGAUUGUGCCACUGCACUCCAACCUGGGUGACAGAGCAAUACUCUGUCUAAAAAAGAAAAAAAAAAAAAGUAAAGUUAUGAUUGCUGAACAGGGCAUGAUUGUUUUGGUAAUGAUGGAGAAAAGAAAGCCUGGCCCCUGGGGAGGCUUGAUCCCUGGAAGCCUCUUGCUGAAGGAAAAUUCCCAGUACUGCCUUUCCAUGUGCUUUGAGUUCCUACUGUCAACAGAGUGGGUCCAGCUCCCACGCUUUACAUGAAGAUCUUCAAAUGUCAUCCACGCUUAUGAGAUGAAUCAACUUGUGUCCUGAACAAGCAAAACUGUUUGGGACUCACUGCCUUCAGGCAGUCCCUUAGAAGCCAAGGACUCCAGGAACUUUUCAGAUGGGACUAGAAACACUAGGGCAGGAGUUCCUCUGGUGGGAGGCCCGUUCACCUGUAUGGUCUGACUAAUGGAUGUCCUGCUUGGGGUGUCCUAAUGUUGUAAGUUCUUUGUUUCUAGGGGUACCACCUAUGCCCCUGGGACUGUGCUUCUGUCCAUGACCAUAACUCUCAUGAUUUCCCCUCAGCCUUGGAAAGCAUGUGGGUUAGCUUCAGCUUACUGGCCAGAGUUGUACUGUGCCUGAAUUGAUGCCUCAGGUCAGGUUAAGAAAAAAAAAAGGUUCAGACAGCAAUUAAGGGCCGGGCAUGGUGGCUCACACAUGUAAUCCCAGCACUUUGGAAGGCUGAGGCGGGCAGAUCACCUGAGGUCAGGAGUUUGAGACCAGCCUGACCAACAUGGUGAAACCCCGUCUCUAGUAAGAAUAUGAAAAUAAAAAAAUUAGCUGGGUGUGGUGGCACGCACUUGUAGUCCCAGCUACUUGGGAGGCUGAGGCAGGAGAAUGACUUGAACCCAGGAGGCGGAGGUUGCAGUGAGCCAAGAUCACGCCAUUGCAUUCCAGCCUGCGACAGAGCAAGACUCCAUGUCAAAAAAAGAAAAACGAAUUAAGGAGGAAGCCACCUGGCUUUCUAAGAUAGGCUUUAUGGUUAAUGGGAUUUAGUUUAACUGGUUACAUCCAAGAACCCUACCAGGAAGAACUGAGGUCCAUGCUUCAGGUUGUUCUCAUCCUUUUGCAUGGGGGUCCUACUGAUAAUAAUUUUGCUGUAAAGAAGCCUCAAUAAGGAGAUGGACUAUGUGAAAAGGAUGAGAAAGCAGGCCUGUGUCUGCUGUCCUUAGGCCUGUUUGCAAGGCUGGCCAUUGGCUGGCAUUGAAAGCUUGGAUUUCAGGAGGGUUCUCACUACUUAAAUGAUAAGAGUGUCUCAUUGGGACUACCUAAACUGUUUGUACAAACAAUGUGGAUUAUGCUGAACAUCUGCUUUCCUUCUGGGAGUCUGGGAUUUUGGAAUGUGUUAGGCAGAGGAUGAGGUGACCAGAACCCUGGACACAGUCUGUAAUGAGCUUCCCUGGUACACAUUGCACAUGGGUGUCAAAAUUGAUUGCUGGAGGAAUUGUGUCCUGUGUGACUCUGCUGGGAGAGGACCAUGGGAGGCUUGCACCUGGUUUCCCUGGACUUUGCCCAUGCACUUUUUUCCUUUGCUGAUUUUGCUUCCUAGCUUUUGGCUGUUGUAAAUCAUAGCCAUGAGUAUGACAACAGGCUGAGUCUGUGAAUUUCCUAGUACAUCAUUAGAUUAGGAGGUGGUAUUGGCAUCUCCAGCACAGGGCGCAAGGGAGACUUGCGGUGUUUGUCAUGUUCUCUUUCUCAAUCUGGAUGUGGUUUACAGAUGUGUUCAGUUUGUGAAAAUUCACUGAGCUCUAUGUACAGUUAUGAUAUGUACAUUUUUUUCUGUAAGUGUAUUAAAUUUCAAUAAAAAGAAUAAUUCACA